GUACCUAGGUUUAUAGAGAGCAGAAAUGACCAUGACUGCCAACAAGAAUGCCAGUGUCACCAACAGAGCUGGAGGGAAUAAAGUGCCUCAGGAUACUCUGGACCGGUGUCAGUCAGGCUCUCCACCACCUCUUUUGUCCCCACCAAGAAGUCCAGCCUACCCCCUCAGUGAUAGUGAGGACUCCUGCCGAUCCAACAGACCCACCACGGUCUCCAGUUCCAGGCCGCACCUCAAGGACUGGAGCAGCCGGGAAUCUACACUGAAAGGCACCUCCACAACCCCUUUGGAUGCCAGCCCUCCAAGUCACCCUCUCAAGGCUGUCACCAUUGGCUCAUUGGAUAAAAGGCUGUCUGUGUUCAAGGCUGAGGACCAGAAAGAGACCCCCAAGGAGGCUCAGGAUGGGGAUGUAAUAGGGAGCCGUCAGCUCACCCGAAGCACUCUCUCCUUGGGCACUGCUACCAACUUGCGAAAUCUCUCUCUCAGCAGGACUAGUGUCCGCUCACAGGCCUUGGACAUCAGGCAGAAGAUCACAGAAUGGGAAUGUCGCAAAGAGCCUUCUCCCAGAAUGAGCACGUGUGUGGACAAGAGGGAUGUUGGAGAAAGGUCUGGUAGUGAGAGCUGCCCUAGUAUGUUGCCUUCUCCUUGUAGCGAGAAGACUUUUGACUUUAAAGGGUUCCGAAGAAUGAGCAGAACAUUUUCUGAGUGUUCCUACCCCGAAACCGAGGAGGAAGAUCUCCCAGAGAGAGAUUCCUUUCAUAGGUUUGAAAAGAGGCCAAGCAGGAGUGAGCCUUCUUCCAAUGCUUUCCUCAAAGGACCUGCCAGGAAAGAGACUUCUGCUGUGCUAAACAGAAUACAGAAGAUUGAACAGGCAUUAAAAGAACAGCCUGGCAGGGGUCUCCCUCAGUUGCCAAGUAGCUGCUAUACUGUUGAGAAAGGGAGGAAAAAGUCUGUGGCUCUGGGAAUGGUUGAGGCUUUGAGUGAGAAUCUGAGUGAUAGCAAAGGAGGGAAUGUAAGUUUUGGGAGUGAUCCAGAAACACCUGCUGAAACUGAAAAAAGUAGCAAACCGAAACAAGGGGUUAUUGCAAAUUCAGUUAGCCCAAAGCUGCUUCUUGAAAGCCCAGCUAACACAGCAGUGAACCCUGUCCCCAAACCCAAACGCACCUUUGAAUAUGAAGCUGACAAGAACCACAAGAAUAAACCAAGCAAUGGUCUACCUCCUUCUCCGAUGCCCGCUGCUCCUCCCCCACUCCCCACCACCCCUGCGCCCCCCAUGAUUAGACGACAGAAGAAAGACUCCCGCUUUCACAGAAAAUUGCAAAAUAGAAAAUCCUUUGAGUUUGAGGACGCUUCCAGUCUGCAGUCCUUGUACCCUCCCUCCCCAACUGAGAAUGGUACUGAGACCCAGCAUAAAUUUGGAUCCAAGAGCACUUUAGAAGAGAAUGCCUAUGAAGACAUCGUAGGAGAUUCACCCAAGGAAAACCCGUAUGAGGAUGUGGAACUAAAAGGCCGUCACGCAAGUCGAAAAUCCCAGCAGCUAUCUGAGAAUUCCCUAGAUUCUUUGCACAGGAUGUGGACUCCCCAGGACAGGAAGUACACAACACCUGCCCAGCUGCCUUCGAAGCCCAGCAGCCAAUCAUUGCGCAUUGGAAACUGGUCAGAGAGAAAGAGCCAUCGCUUACCACGUUUACCCAAAAGACACAGCCAUGAUGACAUGCUGCUUCUGGCUCAGCUUGGUAUACCUUCAUCACCCUCCAGUCUGAAUGAUGACAGUCUGAGUACCACGAGUGAGCUGCUGUCCACACGCAGGGCCAGAAGGAUCCCUAAGCUUGUACAACGGAUCAAUUCCAUAUAUAGUGCGAAAAGAGGGAAAAAGCGAUUGAAGAAGCUUUCAAUGUCCAAUAUUGAGACAGCAUCACUGCGAGAUGAGAACAGUGAGAGUGAGAGUGACUCAGAUGACAGGUUUAAAGCUCACACCCAGCGUCUAGUUCACAUCCAGUCAAUGCUGAAGAGGGCUCCUAGUUAUCGGACGCUGGAACUGGAGUUGAUUGAAUGGCAGGAGCGGGAGCUGUUUGAGUAUUUUGUGGUGGUUUCCCUGAAAAAGAAACCCUUGAAGAAUACUUAUCUCCCAGAAGUGUCUUAUCAAUUUCCCAAGCUAGAAAGACCCACUAAGCAAGUGCGUGAAGCAGAGGAGCGUCUCAAAGCCAUCCCCCAGUUCUGCUUUCCUGAUGCCAAGGAUUGGGCCCCAGUAUCAGAAUACAACAGUGAGACCUUCUCUUUCAUGCUGACUGGAGAAGAUGGCAGCAGAAGGUUUGGUUAUUGCAGAAGAUUACUACCAAGUGGAAAAGGUCCACGCCUACCUGAAGUAUAUUGUGUCAUCAGCCGACUGGGUUGCUUUGAUUUAUUUUCUAAGAUCUUGGAUGAGGUUGAAAGAAGAAGGGGUAUAUCUGCUGCCCUGGUUUAUCCAUUUAUGAGGAGUCUGAUGGAAUCUCCUUUUCCUGCACCUGGAAAGACCAUCAAAGUCAAGACUUUUCUGCCUGGAGCUGGAAAUGAGGUGAUAGAGCUUCGGCGUCCAAUGGACUCACGCCUGGAACACGUGGACUUUGAGUGUCUUUUCAAGUGCCUCAGUGUACGUCAGAUCAUUAGGAUCUUUGCGUCACUUCUGCUGGAGCGACGUGUUAUCUUCAUAGCAGAUAAACUCAGCACCCUCUCAAGCUGUUCUCAUGCUGUGGUGGCCCUGCUGUAUCCCUUCUCCUGGCAACACACCUUUAUUCCUGUUCUCCCCUCAUCCAUGAUUGAUAUUGUCUGCUGCCCUACUCCAUUCCUGGUUGGAUUGCUGUCCAGCUCUCUGCCCAAGCUGAAAGAGCUGCCGGUAGAAGAGGCUUUAAUGGUCAACCUGGGAGCUGAUCGUUUUAUCAGACAGAUGGAUGACGAAGACACUCUGUUGCCAAGGAAAUUGCAGGCUGCUCUGGAGCAGGCUCUAGAGCGAAAGAAUGAGCUGAUAAAUCAAGAUUCAGAUAGUGAUUCAGAUGAUGAGUGUAACACCCUGAAUGGAUUGGUAUCUGAAGUUUUUAUCCGAUUCUUUGUGGAAACAGUAGGCCAUUAUUCACUGUUCCUAACUCAGAAUGAAAAGGGAGAGCGUGUCUUUCAAAGGGAGGCUUUCCGCAAAUCAGUAGCUUCCAAGAGUAUCCGUCGCUUCCUGGAGGUUUUUAUGGAAUCCCAAAUGUUUGCUGGUUUUAUCCAGGACAGAGAGCUGAGAAAAUGUAGGGCAAAAGGUCUCUUUGAACAGAGGGUUGAACAGUAUUUGGAAGAGCUUCCAGACACUGAACAAAGUGGAGUAAACAAAUUCCUACGAGGUCUUGGUAAUAAGAUGAAGUUCCUUCACAAGAAGAAUUAACUUCUUUCUACUGACAUAUCCACCCAAAGACUAUUUAUGACACUGUGCGUGAGACACCUGCAACCUUUCAGAUUCUGGUGUGAGAGAGGAAUGAAAUGAGCUGCCCACAGCUUUAACUGACUACAAAUGCUGUUUGACAUUGUGCCAGAAAAAAAGUGUCUCUGAUAACUUCUUUAUGUAUUUGGAUAGAAUUUGUAAAUAAUGUGCUGUAAGCUUCCUUAACUGGUUUUGUAAUAAGCAAAAAAAAACUGUGGUAAAUAUUUGUAUAUUCCUGAGAAUAACAGGUGCUUCUUUCUUUAGUAUGAAUUGAGAUGUGCUUGGUGCAAAAUGAAUAGCUAAUUAUGUGCAGCUGACUGUCUCAGCAGAACCACUGACUUCAAAGGAUGUUUGUGAGAACUAUACUGAUGCCUGAAUACUGUGGUAAUGAAUGAACUCCAGGGUAUGUGGGGAAAGUUGUAUGCACAGGGGCUGGUUAUGUGUGGCAGAGUUUUUAUUUUCCUCUAGUUUGCCUUCUAAUCCAUUUUGAGAGAAAAAAAAAGUAACUUUGUAAUAAGGUACUUGGUUUACAGCACAGAAUUUCCACUUGGUUUGAGCUAUGGUCAGUAAACUGUAAUGCAUUCUGCACUAUGACUGCUAAACAUGAGGAAAUCUGAGUUCUUUGAUAUGCGGGCUGCAAUGAUUAGGUACAGUACAUCCAUUUCUAAUGUAUGUAUGUAUGGUUUCUAAUAAACUGUGUAAAUAUACCUGUUUGAUUAUAUUCAUUGGUAUCUUUUCCAGAUUUUUGCUACUGAGUAGGUAAGUUCAGAAAAGUGAGUUUGCUGCGAUUAUUCUUGAAUAUUUUAUAGUUAGAACACAAAAAAAAACCAAACAAACCAGCCUUUUAGUAGGUUUUCUACUAAAAUCUGUCUUUCCUAUUUAACACUGGGGUGCCUAGGAUGUUACAGGAUAAUAUCGCUGUUUUGCUAAAUUUAAAUCUGCUAACAAAAUUACCCUUCAAGAUAUUUUGCCAUGCUUUAUAUUUGUUAUAGGACAGUAACACAUGAGCUUUAUCAUUAUUUAUAUCAUGUGAAUUUGUGAACUGGUAGAUUUUGUCUUUGACUAUAACAACAUCUUUCAUGAUGUGCACUGUUGCGUGUAUUACUUUGUGAAAGAAACCAAAUGAGUUUGUGAGUGGAAAUGAAUAAUGACAAGCGGGAGCUAUCAAAUUCCAGUCUUUGUCUAAAGUGCCAGUGCAUCUGACCCAUAUGUUUUGUAUGAGAGUUAGUCCUAGCCAUUCCUUUCCAUUAUCCAAGAAUGAACAAUGUAGUUAGGGGUUAUUUGCCUUAGUAAAGAGGACAUAAACUUGACAGAAUGGUUGGUGCAUCAGAUGCAUGUCCAGGCCCUCCACACAGGUAAGAAUGUGUAAUCUUUGUGUAAAAAAUUACUGAUCCCUACAUGUUGCCUAAUCUAAUAACCUACUGGCUGUCUGCUACAUAGCUAUUCAUAGCUCCUGUUAGCUUGUACUUAAAGUCUGCAUUUUAAAAAAGAGUACAUUGGAAAAUGUUUGCAAGCUUAUUAGAUAAUAUAAUUUAACAGCUGCUUACACUCCUUUCAACACAGGCAUAGUUCAUAUUUUUCUUCAUUUCUGAAAGCUUGUUUUCUGUGCAUCCCAGAUCAGGAUGUGAGGCUUGCGCAAUUCCUAAUCUGUCAGUGGUUCAGGUUUGCUACCAGCCUCAUAGAGUAAGAUGGAGGGUUUAUUCACUGGGAAGGUGAAGAAAUUACCUUUCCAGCAAUUAUAUCCCUCACAUUCCUUUCUGAUACAACCAUUUCUCUCAUGUCCAUAAAAGGAAAGGGGCAGGACAUUUAAAGUACUAAAUGCUUUUGAUUCUCUGGAGAUGUAUCAAUGUACAUUUUAUUCUUCCCUAACAAAAUUUACUUUUGUCUUGUCCUUCUUUGCCACAGCAUUAUACUCACCACAUAAGGUUGUAAGAAUGACUUUUGGCCUUUCUUUCCCUGAUCAGAGGUGACAUAUUUGACUUUUAGAGGUUGGGUCUAGCAGUUUCAGAAGGUACCCCUGCUAGCAAAUCUAUGGAACAACAGUACACACCCUUGAAGAAGACUAUGGAGGUAGUACCUUGCGCUGGAGGAAAAAGAUACUGAAGGAAUAGUUUUUACCGAGACAAGAGAGAGAUGUAAAAUACACAGAUACUCAGUGAGUUCCCUACCAUAAAGCACUGAUCCUCUUACACUGAAAAUUUGUGUGACCCUUCAUCUGAGCUACAGCUAUGUAGGUAGAAAGCCUGCAAAUAUUGUCUAGAUUCCCUAACUGAAUAUAUAUCUUGCUCCAAUUUUUGUGAGGUAUAGGUGAUGGUUCCCAAGGUACAUACAUGUCCCAGAGUCCUGCAGCUCUUCCUUGAGUUUUACUAGUGUGAGUAAAUAAAGCACUCCAUGUUAUCUGACAAUCUGUAUUUAAAAGCACCAUAUGGUCUGAAAUAGACUGGAUGAAAUUCAGGUACAAGUGCAAGAGUCCUGCACUUAUGACAGAAUAAAAUGCCACAAAUAUAAAUUGGGAAAUAACUAACCAGGCUGCAGUUCUACAGAAAAGAGCCUGAGGGUUGUAGUGGACCAUAAGCUGAAUGAGAGUCAACAGUGUGCUCUUGCUGCAAAAAAGAACCCCCAAAGUACUGGUGAGGCCUCACCUAGAGCACUGGGUCCAGUCUGGGUUACCACAUUUUAAGAAAAGCCUGGGCAAACUAGAAAGAGAUCAGAAGAGAGCAACAAAAAAGGAGUAGACCUAGAAAGCAUAACUCAGAAGGAAAGGUUGGAAGAACAAGGGUUACUUAGUUAGGAAAAGAUGGACAGGAGUUUGAGAAGUCAUCAAAUACAAAAAAGGGUUGUUGUCAAGAUAGUAAUAGUCUCUUCUGCAUCUACAGGGAACAGAGCAACAACUAAUGAUCUUGAAUUAUAAGGGGAAAGUAAGAAGGGAAUUUAAGGAAGAAGUUGCUAACUAUGACAGUAGUUAAGCAUUGGUAUGGAUUACGUAGAGCAGUUGUGGAAUCUCCAUCUUUGAAAACUUAAGUGCAGGUUGGACAACUACCGUAUUUUCGUGCAUAUACCCUGCAUACGGGUAUAACCCGUACCCAUGUAUAACCUGCGGAAAAUUGUGUUUCCCAAAAAUAAUCCAUGCAUACCCUGCACCCGUGUCUUCCCUGCACCCCCUUCGCACCCCUGGGCGAGGACUCCAAGCCAAGCAGCGCCUCCCCGCUGGGCCCCGGAGGCGUCACUGGGUAUCCACUACAUGCCCUGGCAGGCGGCGGCACCCCUGGGAGAGAAGGAGACGGAGGGUGAGGCCCCGUAUACCUGGGGAAGUGGCGCAGCCCGGCCUGCCCCAGCCCCCACGGCGGCAGCACAGCCCAGCCUGCCUGGGCCCAGCGGGGAGGUGGCGCAGCCCGCCCUGGCCCCGGCUCCAGCCCCCACGGCAGCAGCACAGCCCGGCCCCAGUCCCCGCGGCGGCGGCGCAGCCUGGCCUGCCCGGGCCCAGCGGGGAGGCGGCGCAGCCCGGCCCUGGCCCCGGCGGCAACGGCGUAGCCCAGCCUGCCUGGGCCCAGCGGGGAGGCGGCGAAGCCGGCCCCGGCCCCCACAGUGGUGGCAGCGCAGCCCGGCCUGCCUGGGCCCAGCAGGGGGGCGGCGAAGCCCGUCCUGGCCCCAGCCCCCGCGGAAAAAAGUCCAUGGAUAGCCCGCCCCCCCAUAUAGCCCGCACACAUCCAUUUUUUUUGUAAAAUCGCAUAUACCCUGCGGGAUAUAUGCACAAAAAUAUGGUACUUAGCUUGGGAUCAAUUCCCGUUGAACAAAAUUAUUUUCCUUUAGACCUCCUGAAGUCCCUUUUAUCUCUACUUUUAUGAUUCUUUAUGAACAGAAAAUAUAGAGUAAAUUAUCCUCCUUUGUAGGAAAAUUACUUGAAUGAUAUUUGAUUUGUGAAAGUAAAAUUACUGAGGAAGAAAAAACAAAUCAGAAGGGACUGUAUUCUACUGCCAUAGAGAAUAUAUACAUGGCAGAGUAUAAAUACAUGUCUGCAAUCGAAUUCACUUAUUGAGUACCAAUAAAGUCACUGUCGGAAUCUGUCUUACUCCUUGUACUGACUUCUAAAAAGUAAUCUCAGUAGUUUCUUCAGCAUCAGUAACAUGGGAUAUUAGCAUAUACAGGCAGUCCUUGACUUGCAAUGUUUUGCACUUACAACGUUUAUAAAUUGACACCGUUUCAACUUUAUGACGUCAGUUUCAACUUUACAACGCUUGAUCCAAUGCCAUGCCAUGCCAGCGAUCGAGUUUGCUGCAUUGUUCAUCUCCCAAGCUUCCUCGGACACUUUCUUUAAGAAAACAGACAAGACUCCAGAAAAACCUGCAGCCAAGACUCCUGAGAAGACUCCAGUCAAGAACCCUUCACAAAGUUCACCAAGAGCCCUUCAAAAGUCCAGCAAAGUCACCUCAAAGAAGUCCUUCCAAAUCAAUAUGAUUGCUAUUUACAAUAUAAAUACAUUAAUGUAGCUAUAUUACUCAUCUAUAAUUGAUUGAUUACAAAAUUCUGGGGUAUUUUUAGUGAAAAUAGUGUAACGGGCCUUGGUUCAGGAACAAUCCCCCAUUUAUAACUUUUUUUUUUUUUAAUGAGAAAAUUGGUUCCGAGUUACAACAUUUCGACUUAAGAUGCGGUUUUCAGGAACCAAUUUUGUGGUAAGUCCGAGGACUGCCUGUAUAUGGCUGAAUUGAUUUUUGUGACUGAACCAAUAAGUUUUCAUGAAAUAGGAUAGAAGAGUUAGAAUGGCCUUUGAAGUAAGCUAACAUUGCCUUUACUGUGGAGCAGGGAGAAAUUAAAAGGAAAGUGUUCCGUGGAUUACACAAACUGGCUACUAAUGUAAAGAUUACACAUUCUUGCUACAGAGAGGCAAGACACAGGUCUACAGCCCAAUCUUUUAUUGCUGCCACUCCAAAACACAAACAAUUAUCUCAAACAACAUAAAUUCUUACCUAUGCUGGCUGGGGAGACUCUAAAGAGGGGAGGAGGGUGGUGCACAUAUAGGCAGCAGGUCUUAAAUUUGCUGAGUUCUCCAGAUUUCCCUCCAGCCUGUGUCCUAUAUCUAUAGCUGGCUUAUUCUAAUAUUGAUUCUAGUAAAAGUUCUGUGAUUGGUUUUAUACAAAUUUGUUUCACUGAAACUGAGCUGAACUAGUUCUCUGAAUGUGGAAGGUGUCAUUAAGUUGGGAUCUAUGUUCCUGUGAAACUUACAGGUCUGGGAGGAAGGAUUCCUUAUUUCUUUCCUUCACCAUUAUGGAAUACCGCUUGCCACAUUGUCAUUUAUGAUCGUCAUUGACAUGACUGCUUUGUUUUACAACUUUUCUAAGAAUUGUAACAAAAAUAUAUCUAUUAUAACAAAA